AUGGCCGCCUUUCCACGAGCAGCCAGCCCUUCCCGGCAGCCCCCAGGACCUGAGGACGAAGACUUCAGCCUGGAUGAGUAUGACCUCUACAGCCUGACCCACUCCUACCUGGGAGGAAGAGGCCGGAAAGGUCGCACCAAGAGAGAAGCUGCCGUCAACACCAACCGCUUCAGCCCUGGUGGGCAUGAGAGAAAGCUGGCGACCAAGCUCCGGAAUGCAGAGCAGAAAAAGAGAGGGGCACGGCCCUGA